UCUUUAUCUUAUUUCGAGGUGGGUAAGGAGAGAGGUCGUGGAAUAGAGGAGUUGGCUGGCUUAAAGCAAUUGAAAGGCCGAUUAUCCAUAUUUAAUCUAGGGCUUGUGAGAGAUGGAGAGGAAGCAAAGAAAGCAAAACUAGCAGAGAAGACAAAUCUGCGUGAAUUAGUCUUUGCAUGGGGAUAUGAGCAAAGGUCAAGAAUUAAUGAUGAGGAUGUACUAGAAGGCCUUCGACCAGCACACCCUAAACUGGAAUCGCUAGAGAUUCAAUGCUUUAUGGGUAAGAAAUUAAACAUUGUGCUCUUUCCAUGCCUCGAGGAGCUGUCUCUGACCAACUGCGAUCAAUUGAGAAGUGCUCCCAGUCAUUUUCCAUCUCUGAAAAAGUUAAAGAUAGUUUCCAUGGGUAAUGGCAUGCCAAUAGCAAAUAUAAGCAGCAACCUGACCACUCUUACUUCUCUCACAAUAAGAAGUAUAAGGGGACUUGAUUGUCUGCCAGAAGGGAUGUUAAAAAACAACAAGAAUCUUGCAUAUUUGUGUAUAGCAGAUUGUCCGGAUUUAACUUGUAUUACUACGGAUGAUGUAUUUGGUUGUUGUGCUUCUCUUCGGUCAGUGCAUAUUUCCGGGUGUGAUAAUCUUAGGUGCCUGCCUGAUGGGCUACAAACUCUUGUCUCUCUUAACGAGUUGAGUAUACAGAUUUGCAAUAGUCUAGAGCUCAUUCCAGACAUGCACGGUCUCACCUCUCUUAACAAGUUGAGUAUAAAGAGUUGCAAUAGUCUAGAGCGCAUUCCAGACAUGCACGGUCUCACUUCUCUUCGUGAGUUGACCAUAGAAUAUUGCUCCAAGCUAACGUCCAUUCAAUUUGAACAGGGCCUCCCAUCUCUUUGUGAUUUAAUUAUUGACAAUUGUCGUGAAUUAUCAAGCCUGCCGAGUGGGUUAGAAUAUUGUACCUCUCUUCAGAAUUUGAGAAUAUCUGGUUAUGAACAGGGCCUCCCACCAUCCCUCCACUCUCUGGAGAUAUCUGGUUGCAAGAGUCUAGAGUCCAUUCCAUUUGAACAGGGCCUCCCAUCUCUCUGUAGAUUAGUUAUUCACAGUUGUCCUCAACUAUCAAGCCUGCCGAGUGGGUUAGAAUAUUGUACUUCUCUUCAGCGUUUGACAAUAUCUUAUUGUGAAAUGCUAUCAUCCAUUGGGAUUCACAGCCUCCCACCAUCCCUCCACUCUCUGGACAUAUCUGGUUGCAAGAGUCUAGAGUCCAUUCCAUUUGAACAGGGCCUCCCAUCUCUGUGUAAAUUAGAUAUUCGCAGAUGUCCUCAACUAUCAAGCCUGCCGAGUGGGUUAGAAUAUUGUACUUCUCUUCAGGAUUUGACAAUAUCUGAUUGUGAAAUGCUAUCAUCCAUUGGGAUUCACGGCCUCCCACCAUCCCUCCACUCUCUGGGCAUAAAUGGUUGCAACAGUCUAGAAUCUAUUCCUAGUUUAGAAAACCUCACACACCUCCGUAAGUUGGAGAUAGUUGAUUGUCAUGGGUUAAAAAACCUGCCCGGUGGAUUAAAAACCCUCACCAGCUUGAAGGAAUUGGAAAUUGGUGGGUUUUGGAAGGAGCUCGAUUCAUUCCCUCCUUUUGAGGUUAUUCCACAACUUGAAUCAUUAAUGUUGCGUGGUUGGCCUACGCUUCAGUCUCUGCCUGAAAAUGUUCAACACUUGACUUCUCUAACUCAUUUGGAAAUAAGGCACUUCGACGGAAUGGAGUCUCUUCCGGAGUGGUUGGGGAACCUUGCAUCUCUUCAGUCCCUACGGAUAUGGAGAUGCAAGAAUCUGAAGUAUCUACCUACAGCUGAAGCUAUGAAAUGCCUCACCAAAUUAAAAAAAGUAUACAUUGCUGAUUGUCCCGUUCUAAAAGAGAGAUGCAACAAGAAGAGCGGCCCGGAAUGGCACAAGAUUUCUCAUAUUCCAACUAUUGGUAUGUUUUUCCUUUUCCGGUUCUUAAAUCAAUUACGCACAAUGUAUUCUAUUUUCUUCUCUUACUUUUUCAUUAAAGUGAAUCACUUGUUAUGUGGUAUGUGUGUUUCUGUUUCAUUUUCCUGAAACUACAAUUUAAUGUACAUGGUAAAUUUCAAUCCCCAGUACAAAAUUGUGAUAAGAUAUAUUUACAUCAUAAUAUGCAUCUAGUUAACUACCUAUUCCAAUCAUGUUC